GUUACCUUAUCUUACCUUACCUUACCGUGCCAAGCUCCUUUAUGUUGGCGGGUCCCAUACACACACACCGCAAUUCAGUCCUUCAUUCCAUCUCCUCUCCUCUCCACCACAACAAUCACAAAUAACAAGAUUUUCUGUUGUGGUGGCUAUUUGUGUAAUUUGGUGGUACAAUUUUUAUACACCAUGAACUUCAAGUUUCUUGGUGACAUUCCCAUCCCUUGGGUUAAACCUCAGAGUAACCAAGACUCGGCGACACAUUCAGUUCAAACCAAAGCUUUUGCUUCACUAGCCAAACAAGAAACAUUUGGUAUUGAUCCCAAGGAUCCGACUCAUUCAGUUCAAACCAAAGCUUUUGCUUUACAAGCCAAACAAGAAACAUUUGGUAUUGAUCCCAAGGAUCCGACUCAUUCAGUUCAAACCAAAGCUUUUGCUUUACAAGCCAAACAAGAAACAUUUGGUAUUGAUCCCAAGGAUCCGACUCUUUCAGUUCAAACCAAAGCUUUUGCUUCACAAGUGAAACAAGAAUCAUCUGGUAUUGAUCCCAAGGAUCCCAAGUUGUCAGGGUGGCCAUUGUCCUUCCUUUCAUUGUUUCCAUGGGCAAAUAAUGCGGGAGAGAAGUUCCAAAGACCAACUACUAUCAACAAAGCGCUGAAGAGACAUGCACAAAAUAAUCAAAAUGUUGUUGGAAAAGAUAACCUGGCUAGCCCUUUGCGUUUUAGGCCGUAUGUUUGUAAGGUUCCAUGGCAUACUGGGGUUAGAGCAUAUUUUUCUCAGUUGUUCCCAAGAUAUGGACAUUACUGUGGACCAAAUUGGUCAAGCGGGAAAGAUGGAGGAUCUCUUGUUUGGGACAAGCGGCCAAUUGAUUGGUUAGAUUACUGCUGUUAUUGCCAUGAUAUAGGAUAUGAUACUCAUGAUCAAGCUAAGCUGUUGAAGGCUGAUUUAGCCUUUCUCGAGUGCCUAGAGAAUCGGCAUGUUAUGCGUACUAAAGGAGACCCUCAUGUUGCUCAUCUUUACAAGACAAUGUGCAUUAAUGGUCUUAAGAGUUUUCUAAUACCUUAUAGAACAAGUCUCGUAAGUCUACAACAGUCUGGUGGAACUUUGAUUCAGUUUGGAUGGCUAAGCAAUUUGAGAUGGAGGAGUUGGAACUAUCAAAAAGAAUGAAAAUUUAGUAAUAAUCUUCUUUGUUCCUUUUUCAAGAGUAUGCUUCUUAUAAUCUUUUUGUAUAUAAUAAUAUAUCCUAUCCCUUGGUUGUUUGUAAAUUGUGACCAGUGGACAGUGGUUGUGCUUGAUACAUUUUCAAUUAACAAGAUUGCCUAUGGUGGUAUAAUGAUCUUCAUGUCAUGCCACAUAGUAACUUUGUUAUGAAAA